UGCGCAGACCGCCUACUAUGGCGGCCGCCUGAGACCGGCGGCUAGAGGGCUCGGCCGGGCUCUAUCCUGCAGCCCGCGGCAGGUGCUGCUGUCCCAUGAUUCACGAGGAACCCGGCCAUGGUGGCUGGCCCCCACCCCAACUAUGGAUGAGGUCACCUUCAAAAGUGACACUGUGCUCUCAGAUGUCCACCUCUACACCCCGAACCACAGUCACCUCAUGGUGCGGCUGAAUGGCAUGGGGCAGCCCGUUUUCCUGUCCCAGUUCAAGCUUCUGUGGAACCGAGACUCUCAGACAGACUCAGGGGUUGAGGGUGGCUGUCAUGCCAUGGGCCCCACAGAGGAAGUGCCUCCCUCUGGGCCGGGCAGUGCCAGACCCCCUCUGGGGAGUGGCUGCAGGAGUGACGCCACCAUCCAGGAGGGGGUGGGAGCUCGGCUGGACGAGGACGGAGAUUUGGACGUUGAGAGGAGACCACGGGCAGCUUCGGACCCUGAACCAGUGGGGCCUCCGAGAGACAAGGUACAUCCCACAAUUCUAACACAGGAGGAAGACGACCCCCUGGCAGACGAAGCACAAGAGAGCAGCCCCCAGGAUAUCAUCAGAAUAGAACACACCAUGGCCACCCCCCUGGAGGAUGUUGGCAAGCAGGUGUGGCGGGGUGCCCUGCUCCUGGCUGACUACAUCCUGUUCCAACGGGACCUCUUCCAGGGACGCACCGUGCUGGAGCUCGGGGCGGGCACAGGGCUGGCCAGCAUUAUGGCAGCCACUGUGGCGCGUACCGUUUACUGCACAGAUGUCGGUACAGAUCUCUUGGCCAUGUGCCAGCGAAACAUUGCCCUCAACGGCCACCUGACUGCUGCUGGAGGUGGUGUAGUUAAGGUCAAAGAACUGGACUGGCUCAAAGACGACCUGUGCACAGACCCGGAGGUCCCCUUCAGCUGGUCGCAGGAGGACGUCUCCGACCUCUACAGCCACACCACCAUCCUGCUCGCAGCCGAAGUGUUUUACGAUGAUGACCUAACCGACGCUCUGUUUAAAACGCUGUCCCGCCUCGUUCACAAACUGAAAAACGCCUGCACGGCCAUUCUGUCUGUGGAGAAGAGGCUGAACUUCACGCUCAGACACCUGGACGUCACAUGUGAAGCCUACGACCACUUCCGCUCCUGGCUGCAGCGGCUGGAGAGGCUUGCGGACGGCCGGCUGCGCUUCGUGGUGGAGCCGGUGGAGGCCUCCUUCCCACAGCUCCUUGUCUAUGAGCGCAUCCAGCAGCUGGAGCUCUGGAAGAUCUUUGUGGAACCAGUAAUGUGAUCCAUCGCAUCCACAAGCACGGCUUCUCAACUGUUCUUAGAAUGCGUUUCUAAUAAAAUGGAAAGCUCAUAAAAUAA